CUUUGGGACUAAGACAGAGACGUAAGGAGCAGGACAUGGCCGGGUACAAGCCCAAGGUUAUCGCUCUCACCAAGCUUCCAGGACAAAGCUUCGGCUUCUUCUUGAGGGUGGAGCAAGGCGAGGAUGGCCACCUGAUCCGGAGCCUGGAGAUGGGUGGGCCCGCCGAGCUGUCGGGCCUAAGAGACGGAGACCGCGUCCUCCGGGUCAAUGGAACCUAUGUGGACACGUUGAUACACUCCCAGGUAGUGGACAUGGUGAAAGAGAGUGGAGUGUCGGUCACUUUCCAUGUUCUAGACGCCGACUCCUAUCAGAAGGCUAAGGCAGAUGGGGUGGACCUGUCAGACCCUCAACCCCGACCUGCUCAGAACCAGAACCAGAGCCAGCCUGCCAUGAACGGGGUGGCAGGGCAGACACCCAAGCCCAAACUCUGCUACCUGGUGAAGACCUCAGUGGGUUACGGCUUCUCUCUGCUCUCAGCCAAAACUGAGCCGGGCGUUUUUAUGACAGACAUCACACCAGGGGGCGUGGCCGAGAAGGCGGGAGUCACAGUCAGAGACCGUAUUGUGGAGAUCAAUGGAGAAAACUUAGAGAGUGCCACUCAUGAAGCCAUGGUGGAGAAGAUCAAGACAGCCAGCAGCAGCAUUCUGUUCCUAUUGGUAGGCGAAGACACUGACAGGUACUACAAGAACAAACGCAUUGCGAUAGGAGCAGGACUCGCCACUAUCAAGCACCUCCCUCUGAAACCUCGUAUUGCUGACUUGACCAAAGGACCUGAGGGCUACGGAUACUUCCUUACAGUGGAGCCAAAAAUGAAAGGCCACUACAUCAAGGCCAUAGAUAGAGGAAGUCCAGCAGAGAGGGCUGGACUUAAAGAGAUGGACAGGCUGGUUGCUGUGGAGGGACAACAAGUGGAAAGUUGCAGCCAUGAGCAGGUGGUGGAGACGAUUAAGAAAUGCGGAAACAAGAGUUGCCUCCUGGUGGUAGAUGCCGAAACUGACAGAAUGUACAAGCUGGGGGGCGUGUCCCCUCUCCUCUUCUGGGAAGAGUCGAGGGAGUCCCUCCUACCACCCAGCUACCCAGACGCACUCACUAUGCCCACCCCUGCCAGAGCCCCUGCCACCGUCGUUGUGAUCCCAGCAGUGGUAGAGAAGGCGGAGGUGAAGCCUAAACUGUGCAGGAUGGAGAAGACCUCAGCUGGAUAUGGUUUCCACCUCAAUGGGAUCCAGGGAGUCGGUGGACAGUACAUAAAAGAGGUGGUGCCUGGUGGAACAGCUGAUAGGGCGGGCCUAGAGGAUGAGGACCUGGUGAUCGAGGUCAAUGGCGUGAACGUGGAGAGAAGCGACCACGAGGAGGUGGUGCAACUGAUCAAGACGAGUGGCAGCGUCCUUGAGCUCCUGGUGGCUGACAAGAAAACCUACGACCAGCUGAAAGCCCGUGACCUGGCCAUCUCUUCCCAGCUCCCUGCUCCUGCCUCCACACCCCCCCCGGCCUCCUCACCCUCUCCAGCCGCGCCUGCUUCUCCUCCCUCCCCCAGCCCCGACACCCGGGAGGUCCGAGAAGAGGAGGACACGAAAGCAGCUCGACCAGACACUCCGCCAGUGCAGACACGUGAAAGGACUGUGUCAGUGUCAUCCUCCUCCUCCGAUGACAGCAUUGAUGAGAGACUCUGAGGAGUACCACCAACGAUUAUCCACUUCCUGACCUGAUCCUCCAAUCAUCAAAGCACCCUGCACGUCAUACCCAUGCGGACAUACAAUCUCUACUUUGCACUCCACUUUACUUUUGAUACACUGUACUUAAUCUGCUGACACGACAGUCCACCCACAGAUACAGAAGAUGGUGAAGAUGCAAGGGAUCCUGACUGAUCUCGCUCACUGCCAAAUGCACAUAUAUUUAUUAAUGCAUAUGAAAGCAUAAUGUAUGCAUAGAUCAUGUUGAUCAGUGUCUAAACCUGUGACCAAUGUAAUCAUUAACGCUCAUAUGAGGUUUUAUAGAUGAAACUGCACCAAAUUUUUGUCACAUCAUCUCAAGAUUGACUCACUUUACAGAGCUGACCUGGAGCCCACUCUCCUCCAACUCAUUUAUACCUAAACUCAAAUUAAAGUAUAUGUAUCUUA